GAUUCCGAGGGGCCUCUGACCCGUGUUGGAGCAGCUACUGCGCCCUUGUGGGUCGAGGAACAUUGCUUUGUAAGUAAGCUCCCAGCCUGGCAGUGGCUUGACCACGAAUUUGUGCGGCUGCCUUCUCCCCGGUUGCCCCAGGCCGGCUCCUCUGGAGGUGCCUUAUUCAGAUCUUUGCAAACGGGGCCGCCUUUGAGAGGCCUUCCGGGCAUCUACCUAAGUCACAGCAGCACCGCAAUCACCCCACCUUCCCACCCAGCACCCGGGAAGUGGCGGGAUUCGAUCACUUUUGUGAUCUAAAAAGGAUCUGAAAUCCCAUCACUUUGGAGGCAGAGGCGGGCAGAUCACCUGCGGUCAGGAGUUCAAGACCAACCUGGCCAACAUGGUGAACCCGUCUCUACUAAAAAUACAAAAACUAGCCGGGCAUGGUGGGCGCGCCUGUAAUCCCAGCUACUCAGGAGGCUGAGGCAGGGGAAUUGCUUGAAUCCGGGAGGCAGAGGUUGCAGUGAGCCAAGAUCGCACUGCAGCCUGGGCAAGACUCCGUCUCAAAAAAAAGAAAAAAAGAAAGAAAAGAAAAGAAGAAGCAGAGAUUCAAACAGGCUUGAGUGACAACUUGAGGACAAGGACACUUUGCCAAGAUUUUACGCAGCAGCUGGCAGGGCCAGAGAGGCAGCAUGGUGUGGCAGGAGAAUGAGGAACUGCGCAAGCAAUUGGUUGAAGCCUCAGAGUUAUUGAAAUCCCAGGCCAAAGAACUCAAAGAUGCCCAUCAGCAGCAAAAGCUGGCCCUGCAGGACUUCUUGGAGCUCAGUGAGCUGGUAGCAGAGCUCUGCUCCCAGAAGCAGAAGGUGUGGGACAAGGAGGGGGAGACGGAGGUGGCCAUGCAGAAAGUCAACACGAUGUGGCAGGAGAUCUGAAGAUCCAAGAAGCUCAGAAAGAGGAAGCUGUUUAGAUGGUUCAGCGAUGGUAUUGAUUGGACUUUUUAAAAAUUUUUAUUAUGAUACUUUAAGUUUUGGGGUACAUUGUAUGACCUUAAUACAACAUCUUUGAAAACUUGAGCUGCAUUAUGUAAAUUACUUUAAAAUGGAUCUUAAGUUUUUGUGAAACCAAGUAAGUUGA